AUGCCUACCGAAGGCGUCUACGUCAAUCCCUCCGGGAAGAAGACCUUCAUCCCGUUGGAAAAUAAUCCCGAGGUCUUCACCUCACUCAUCCACGACCUCGGCGUGUCUUCAGAGCUCGAGUUCUCCGACGUUUACAGCCUCGACGAUCCGGACCUGCUCGCCUUCGUCCCCCGUCCUGCUCUGGCACUCAUCUUCAUCACCCCAGCACCUCCUUACUAUGCCGUCCGUGGCGCGGAUGGCACAUCUCUGGCCAAGGAUGGAAUCAGCUACGACAAGUCCGGAGACGAGGAGUCAGUAACGUGGUUCAGACAGACGAUCGGCCACGCCUGUGGGCUCAUAGCCUUGCUUCACGCAGUCGCCAAUGGCGAAGCGAAACAGUUUAUCCAAGCAGGCUCGACACUCGACGGACUUUUCCAGAAGGCCAGGGCCCUGAAGCCUUUGCCUAGAGCAGACUUGCUGUAUAACAGCGAGGAGUUGGAGAAGUCUCAUAUGCGCGCUGCUAGGAUGGGUGACAGCUCGGCGCCGAGAGCAGAUGAGGCUUGUGGGUACCAUUUUUUGACAUUCGUGAAGGGAGGCGAUGGGCAUUUGUGGGAGUUGGAAGGAAGCACAGACGGUCCGAUUGAUCGCGGCGAACUUGGCGAGGGAGACGAUAUGCUCAGCGAGGCAGCUUUGGAGAAAGGCGUCAGAAAAUUUCUUAAUGCAGCAGAUGGGAACACCGAGUUCAGCAUCAUUGCAUUGGCGAAGCGCUCGUGA